UCCCUCGGACCCCCGCUUGAAUUCUUCCCUUUCCUUUGUCAACGACCCAAUACCUCGACAACAGACACCUGCAUCGCCAGAAAGACGAUGUCGUUUACGCUCACAAUCCGACAGGGCCCUGCGCGCAUUGCGCAGCGGCUUCCUGCGCUCUCCAAGUCUGCCGCCGGCUCGAUUCGAAGCUUCCACGUCCCGGCCAAGCCGACCCCCAACUUCUUCACCUCCCGCAUCACAUCAGCGACCACGCGCAGUGCCUUUCAGCGCGGCGGUCGCGCCGGAGGUCGAUCAUACUACCAGGAGUCUGCGCGAACUGCCGCUGCUCCCCAGACAACGACCCGAAGGCUUCUCGUCGGCGGUGCCAUCUUUGGUGGUACACUCGUCGCCGUGAAUGCCGUCUUCAACCGGGAGACUCGUGAGGAUGGCGGCAUGCCUGUCUAUGAGCGCGAGUACCUGAACAACACCUUCCUGCACACAGGACUUGGAAUUGGUAUCAUCGGCUUGACGGCCCGACAGAUGGUUCAGACCGGCUUUGUGUACCGAAUCAUGGUGACAAACCCUUGGGUUGUUGGUCUUGGUGGUCUUGCGCUCAGCUUUGCGACCAUGAUUGGCACCCGAUCCAUCAGCCCUGACAACUAUAUCCCCAAGUACGCUCUCUGGACCGCCUUCAACGCCACCCAGGCCGCCUUUGUCGCCCCUCUCCUCGCCUUCGUUCCCGGUGCCCUCAUCGCCCGUGCUGGUCUCUACACUGUCGCCAUGAUGGGUGGUAUCUCGAUUGUCGGUGCCACUGCUAAGCAGGAGAAGUACCUCUACAUUGGUGGUCCUCUUCUGGCUGGUGCUGCCAUCGUUGCUGCCUCUGGUCUCGCCCCGCUCAUCAUCCCCGCCACCGCUAUCCGAACCCUUGCCUUCACUGAGAGCCUGUGGCUGUACGGUGGUCUCGCCGUUUUCGGUGGCUUCACCCUCUACGAUGUCCAGAAGGUUCUGUACCACGCCCGUCUCGCUCAGGCUGGUGUCAUGCGCCGGGAUCCCGUCAACGAGAGCAUCUCCCUCGAGCUCGACUUCCUCAACAUCUUUAUCCGGAUGGUCCAGAUCCUGAUGAUGCAGCAGAACCGACGAAAGUAA